GGUGAGGCUCCGCCUCCACCGCUUCCUUCCUUCGCCUCUUCUUCUUCUUCAUCUUUUCUUCUGUGAGAAUUUUUGUUCGAUGGAUUCUGUGAGGAAAGAUGCAGAACGGAUUAAAGGUCCGUGGAGUCCUGAAGAGGACGAGUCGUUGAGGAGGUUGGUUGAAAGCUACGGGCCGAGGAAUUGGUCGUUGAUCAGCAAGUCCAUUCCUGGUAGAUCUGGAAAAUCGUGCCGUCUCCGGUGGUGUAAUCAGCUUUCUCCUCAGGUGGAGCACCGGCCGUUUACUCCCGAAGAGGACGACGCCAUUAGCAGAGCGCACGCCAAGUUCGGGAAUAAAUGGGCCACGAUUGCUCGCCUGUUGAAUGGCCGCACCGAUAACGCCAUUAAGAAUCACUGGAACUCCACGCUGAAGCGUAAAUGCUCCGCCAUGGCUGAAGAUUUCAACGACGCCGACACGCAUCAGCCUCUGAAGAGAUCUGCGAGCGUUGCUACGCCCUCGGUCGCGUCCGGGUUCGCGUUCAACCCGAGUAGUCCAUCCGGAUCCGAUUUGAGCGACUCGUCUCCGUCGCCGCCACACGUGUACAGACCCUUAGCAAGAAGCGGUUCGGUUGUUCCGUCGAAUCAUCAGUCCGAUGAUCCUGCUACCUCACUCAGCCUCUCAUUGCCAGGAAUAGGAUCCAGUUCAUCAUCCGGGUAUGGGUCGGAUUCAGUCGCGAGCCCGACCCGGACGAUGGUUCAAGUUCAGGCACCUCCCGCGUGGUACGAGAAAGAGUUAUUUAGCGCCGAUUUUUUAGCUGCGAUGCAGGAGAUGAUAAAAAUGGAAGUGAGGAAGUACAUGUCUGGGAUUGAACACAACGGCUGGCGUUUUCAGACCGAUGCCAUCAGAAACGCCGUGGUUAAGCGUAUUGGAAUAAGCAAGAUCGAUUAGCACGGUGGCAGCAACAAAACCAAAACGAGACGAAACAAGAAAACCCCCUUCGAAUUUUACAACUCCCUCCGUCUUCCAUUUUCAACUACAACAAAAUCACAAUAAUUUUGGCUGUGUACAGAGAAAGACAGCGACCACGAGAAACAGAGACAGGGAGAGAGUCAAUGGAUGCUGCGCAUCUGACUUCCAAUUUCAACACAAGCUCGUCGUGAAUUAAAAAAAAAAAAGAAAAAGAAAAAGAAAAACGUCUCAAGUUCCUUUAAUCUUUGAAUUACUAUAAAUCAAAUCAGUUAAAAGGGAAAAAAAAAUCUAAAGUUUUAGUAGACCUUGAAACCCAAGUUCUAUUCUACCGAUUCUCUGUAAAUUCCAUGAGACCCAUAACUCCUUUUUUUUUUCUUCUUGUUAAUUUGUUAUUUAGGGCCCACGCCAAACGAUGAAUCUAUUUGGUACAGAACCAUUUGGCUCUGAAAGCUGUCGCCAUUAAAAACCAAGUCAAUGUAGAAACUCGAAGGAAAUUUUACGUUA